UGGAAUACAAACAAGAGGAGUAAAACAGAAAUGUAAAUACAACAUAAACAUUACCGAUUUUACAAACAUGCUGUAAAAUACUAGUAAAUAAUCAAAUGAAAUACAUGCAGGUUAUUGGUUUGUUGGAUGAAAUGAAACGAUUUUAUUUAUUUAAUCUGAUUUCAAAACGUUAAUUGUGCAAAUAUUAAUGAACUAUUACAUCUGUUGUUAUCAGUAAGAAAGUAAAAAAAGAUGGGUAUACCUGGAUUAAUGACAUAUAUGAACCAGCACUCGGAUGUACAUCUUCAGAGAUACAGUUUGCAUGACAGUUAUUUAGUGAUUGAUGGCAACAGUUUAGCAUCUCAACUGUAUACUUACGAUACAAAAAGCAAUUCUUGUUUUGGAGGUGACUAUGACAAGUAUGCCUACUGUAUUUCCAACUUCUUUGACGAAUUACUCAGAUGCAAUAUCACACCGUUGGUCAUUAUUGAUGGUGGCUCAGAGGACAAGAAAAUGAAUACUAUUUACAAGAGAACGAGGGAUAAGAUACACGCUGCCCGCAACUUGAUGCCAUCGAGACAAACGAGGUCUGUUUUGUUCCCUUUGCUGUUGAAGGAGACAUUCAAAAAUAUUCUUAGUCAGAAAAACAUCAAAUGUGCCCAGUCCUUGUUUGAAGCAGAUGAUGACCUUGCCUCUGUAGCUAGGCUCUUAAACUGUCCUGUUCUUAGUUUUGAUUCCGAUUUUUACGUGUUUGAUGUUAUGUAUGUACCUUACAAUACUUUGGAUAACGGUAUUGUCAGAAAUCCAAACGGUAAUGGAUUCAUGAAGAACUGCAAGGUGUACAAAAUUGACUUUUUUUUGCAACGUUUUCCCCACAUGGAUAGAACACUUAUGCCUCUGGCUGCAACUUUAUUGGGCAACGAUUACAUCAGCAGAAGUAAUUUUAAAGACUUUUUUAGUACACUGAAGCUCCCCAAGACUUCUAAGAGAAAGUUCAAUGGGCAGCAGCGCAUGAUAGAGGCAACUUUCAGGUGGCUCGAGAAUCAAACUUUAGACAACGCCGUUGCCAAAGUAUUAAGUAAAUUAAAUCCCAGCAAGAGGGAAAAAAUUCUUGAAGUCAUGGAAAUGGUGAUAAAUGGGUAUUUGGUUGCUUCUCCAAGGAUGUUACUGCCUCUGGGAUUUUCACCAGAGUUUGUCAAUAAUCUUUUGCAAAAGUUUCCCAACAAGUCGUACAAAUUUCAGCAAGAUGUCAACAACUUGAAAGUCAUAUAUGAGCCGAAAGCUGAUAAUGACGAUGAAACCGAUUUAAGUUGUGACGAGGACAGUGGAGGUAGCGACGACAAACUGGACAUUGUUAUGCCAGAAAAUGAAAGCAAUCUGUGCAAAAUCGUACCCCUUUGGUUCAUACAAGAGUUCAAUGCUGCCAACUAUCCAUCAUAUUUCAUAGACAUGUUGACAAGACAGAUAUAUGUUUGUCCAGUACAAAUCGAAGACUAUAGUCAGCCCACUUGUAUCAAUGUUAGUUUGAAACUCAUUCGGGUGAUUUUUAAAUUAUUAAGCUCAGGAACAACUAAUUGUAAUACUCUCGAGUACGUGACAAGAGGCAAACUGACUAGUAUUGUCAGGGAUAAAUUACAAUGCGACGAUAGCAUAUUCAACUGUAAAUUUCCUGCUUUAUCACGUUUACGCGAAAUGCCACUCAUGAUAAGAAAGGAAAUACUAGAUAAUACUUUAGAAGUUACGGAUCAGGUGAUGAACGAGUUCCCACCCGAGUGGAGGCUUUACAUAGCUACAAUCAAACACUGGGUAAAUGAAGCUCAGCCACAAUUCGGGACCAAUUGCCAUUUGUAUGCUUUAUUAUUUACAAUGCUGUUCCACGUCAUCGACAAAAAAAUCGGCUUUCACAGAUCCCAAUCGUAUGUUGACAAAAAGUUCGGGCAGCAGUUGAACGCGUUGCGUCAAAGUAGACAAAACUUGCACUAUCAACCAGCGACGAACAUGUACGUGUACCAAGCUUACAGUAUGGUAAACCCAGACGACUGUUUGCUAGCCUUGCGAUUUUUCUUAUCAAAUUUCAGCAUGGACCAAUCGCUUUUGAUGAACCCAAAGAAAUUUCACAUAUCCACAGUCCAUGCCUUCUCUCUGUUUCAAAAUUGCCUGAGACACAGUUGUCACUUGAACGCAUUGCUCGGCUAUCCGUAUCCUCAUCCCAAUAUUGCUGAACUCUUGAACAGCACCCUUCUGUACAAUUUGUACAAUUGUUUUAAGCAACGCCACGACAUCGAUGUGUACAUAAGCAAUGUUUUGCAAACCUCGCCGAGUCUCUUGCAACUUUUCGUUUCGAUGUUGGCGACUGUCAGAAGUAUGUUUGCCAAGGCCAUCGACAACAGAAUAAAUGUGGGCAAACGAAGGAAAAACAGAAAUAAGAAUAGAGGCAAUUUGCAGUCCCCGGACGACGAGGAUGCGUACGAUGCAGAAAACGACAAUGUCUCGUACUACGACGCCAAUAAUCGGUAUUCCAUGCUGAUGAAUCAGGGUUGAAGCAAAUUAUAUGUAUUUUGAAAAACUUUGAGUUUUUGAAGAUUAAUUUUAAGGAAUAACUUUUUUUAUUCAUCGCAUCUAAUGUAUGAGCUUUAGUAUAUUUAAACUGUGUAUAAAUAUACUUUAGUUUAAUACAACACCACCUACGACGUCACUUGCAUAGUCGUGUUUAAAUAAAAUGUUGA